GGAUUCGCGACAACAUCAACCUCCUGAACAAUCUCCUCACCUUAUACACACAUACACUCUCACACACACACAUAGCACAUCCACCCCGCACACGCUAUCGCCACCACCAUGAAGGUCUACUCCAUCUCCCUCCUCUCCAUCAACUCGGCCACGCCCGCCACCUCGACCGUCCUCUGCCAAGUCAACGACCUCAGCAGCUUUAGCUUUUAUCAACGAGGCAGCGUGGGAGAGUUUAUGGGGUUUUUCACCAAGACCGUCGCCGAAAGGACCUCCCCCAACACCCCCUCUUCCGUCGAAGAAAACUCUUACAAAGCACACGUCUUCCGGACCCCCUCCGCACCCGGUAAAACAGGUUUAGCAUGCGUGAUGAUCACCGACCUGGAAUACCCUUACCGACCGGCUUUCACGCUGAUCACCAAGAUCUUGGACGAACAAUCCUCGCUCGUCUCUCAACUCCCUACUCCCGGCUCCUCUUCCAUCGCCGGUGGAAGUAACCCGUCUAUGGCGGCCUCGGGCGGCCUAUCUCCGGCCCAAAAAGGUAAACUCGAAGCCACCCUCCAACAAUACCUGACCAAGUACCAAGACCCCACCCAAGCGGAUACGAUCAUGAAGGUCCAAAAAGAGCUCGACGAGACCAAGAUCGUGCUCCACAAGACCAUCGAAUCCGUCCUCGAGCGGGGGGAGAAGAUUGACAACUUGGUCGAGAGGAGUAACGCGUUGAGUAAUCAGAGCAAGAUGUUUUAUCGGACUGCCAAGAAGCAAAACUCGUGCUGCGUGGUCAUGUAAUGUGAAACGAGAACCUUGGAAUCGGGAUCGCCAACCUCGAACCUCGACCGUGGACCUCGAUAUCCUUUUACCCUGUACCUGUACCUUUACCUUUUUCGACUUUUCUUGUUCGACUAUUCUUCGUCGGCUUUUUCCUUCUUCGUCGGCCUCGU